AUGUGCACCACCGACGUUUACACCGACGUCUACCCCGACGGCCGGAGGCGCGAGUACCAAGAGCCCAGCUACUGCAGCACUGCAUCUCGCAGCGGCCGCUUCUGCGCCAACCCCGCCGUCUACAACCACCCGCCUCGUGAUGUAGCUUAUCCACCAGCCGGACCUUCGUACUCCUUCCCUCAGCAGAUGCCGCCCACUCCUCCACUGGGCUCACCUCGGGGCUUUUCCUCAGGCGCCAACGGAGAUCGCACUCGCCGGGAGUCUUCCUCGACCGACCGCAAACACCGACAUUCUGGUAUCUAUGUGAACGGGCAGAAAGUCUUGGACCUCAACCGCAAGAACCGCUCGCGUGCCGAGCGCAUCGUCAUCGUCGACUCCCCGCCUACCCCUCGCACGCCUCCCAAGCAGUACGCAUCACCCUACACCGCGCCGCCUUCACCCAACGCGGGCGGCAACAGCCCCAACUUCCACUACAGCCACGUCCCGCGCGAUUCUUUUCGCCCCGUCAUCGUAGACGAGCGCACACCGCGGUCCAAGGUUGAGAUCGAGGUUGUUGACAACGGCCAUCGCCGCCACAACUCCUCUGACUCGCGACACAGCCACAGCCACAGCAACAGCGGCGGCGACGACGAAGAGCGCCGGCGCCGCCGUUGUGAUCGCGAGCGUCAGAAAGAGGAGGAGCGCCAGGAGCGCAUCCGCCUGCAGAUUGCCGCGCAGAACGCCGAAAUCGCCCGCCGCAGCGCCACGGCCUUUAAGCGCACGCCUCCGAGCUUCGUUCCUACCAUAUCCGACCAGGAGCGUGACUUGGAACUGGCCAAUGCCGUGCGCCGGCUGGAGAUUGCCGACUGUCGGGCGCGCGAGGCGCGUGAAGCACGGGAGAGGGAAGAGGAAGAGGAGGCCCAGCGCCGCCGGCUGAUGGAACGCAUGAUGCCCCGCCGCCGGGCGACGGUAGGGCCGGGCAGCCGGAGGCACCGCGUCCUCUACGACGAUGGAGUUUACCGAUGGGAGUAA